UUUUUUUCCCGGUGCCGCCGCUCCGGGGGCCACGGAGGAGCGGGAGCGGAGUGGGGACGCAGGGCUGUCUGGCCAGCGCGGCCGGGCCUUCCCAUCCCCGCCAUCCUCGCAAAAAUCAUUGUUUCUUCUCUGGAGGGUGAACAUUUAUAAAAUUGACUUCACGGAUCUGGUAACAUGGCAAAAGAUGGUUUUCGUUGUGGCCCCUGCAUGGAGUUGACCUUGAGCAGAUGAGAUGAUGAUGGACCUGACAGAUACUAACCCAUUUGAACUGUCUUUCCUGUCGUGAUGGCCGGUCUAAUUGAAGCCAAUGGAGAACUAAAGGUCUUUAUAGACCAGAAUCUUAGUCCUGGAAAAGGUGUGGUAUCUUUAGUAGCUGUUCAUCCUUCCACAGUAAAUACACUUGGAAAACAACUCCUGCCAAAAACCUUUGGACAGUCCAAUGUCAACAUUGCACAGCAAGUGGUAAUUGGUACACCUCAGAGACCUGCAGCGCCAAAUACUAUCGUGGUAGGAAGUCCACACACCCCUAACACACAUUUUGUAUCACAGAACCAGGCUUCAGACUCCUCACCUUGGUCUGCUGGGAAACGCAACAGAAAAGGAGAGAAGAAUGGCAAGGGUCUGAGGCAUUUUUCAAUGAAGGUUUGUGAGAAGGUUCAGAGGAAAGGAACCACUUCAUAUAACGAAGUGGCAGAUGAGUUGGUCGCCGAGUUCAGUGCUGCUGAUAACCAUAUUUUACCAAAUGAAUCAGCUUAUGACCAGAAGAACAUAAGACGACGAGUCUACGAUGCCUUAAAUGUCUUAAUGGCCAUGAACAUCAUCUCUAAGGAGAAGAAAGAAAUCAAAUGGAUUGGUUUGCCUACUAACUCGGCUCAGGAAUGUCAGAAUUUAGAGGUAGAGAGACAGAGAAGACUUGAAAGAAUAAAACAGAAACAAUCUCAACUUCAAGAACUUAUUCUACAGCAAAUUGCCUUCAAGAAUCUGGUGCAGAGAAACCGCCAGGCAGAGCAGCAAGCCAACCGGCCACCUCCGUCCAACUCCGUCAUCCACCUACCGUUUAUCAUCGUGAACACCAGCAAGAAGACCGUGAUCGACUGCAGUAUUUCUAAUGACAAAUUUGAGUAUCUGUUUAAUUUUGACAACACGUUUGAAAUCCAUGAUGACAUAGAAGUAUUAAAGCGAAUGGGAAUGGCUUGUGGCCUAGAAUCAGGAAGCUGUUCAGCUGAAGACCUUAAAAUGGCAAGAAGUUUGGUACCUAAAGCUCUGGAACCUUAUGUGACAGAAAUGGCUCAGGGAUCAAUCAGCGGUGUAUUUGUCACAUCAUCGGGUUCAACUUCAAAUGGCACAAGGCUUUCUGCCAGCCUCGAAAACCCUGUGGAGCAGUUCUACUCUACACACGUGGAUUUGCCUGACUUGACCAAUGGAGCGGACGGGAUGUUGGCCACGAGCUCCAAUGGCUCUCAGUACAGUGGCUCCAGGGUGGAGACGCCUGUGUCUUACGUUGGGGAAGACGACGACGACGACGAUGACUUUAAUGAAAAUGACGAUGAAGACUGAUCUUCAUGGGUCGUAGAUUUCCCUUCUCCCCUUCAGGUUCAGCUUCAGGAAAAAAAAAUGUUUAGGGAAGAGAAACGUUUUUUUUUUUUUUUUUAAAUGUGGGUUUUUCUGUUUCUUUUUGGCCUUCCCCCAAGAAGAUAUUGGUAAGCUAUUGAAUUUAGAUACGCACCUCCAAUAAGCAAGCAAGGAUUGUUUUUAGUAGGAUUUUUUUCAAUGUGGUGUGGAUGUGUGUUUCGAUACCAGUGUGCUGACGGAGAAUCUUUAUUUACUCCCUAGGAUUUUGCGUUUUUGUUUUCUUUUUUUUUUUUAAUUCAGAGUUGUUUUUUGUUUUUGGUUAUUACUCUUUUUUUGGCCCCUUGACAAUUCUUGCUGAGUUUGCUGAAGAAAUUGUACUUCGUCCACAUCAAUGAAAAUAAAAUGCUGUCCUUUUGUGGAAAAUGGUACACUGAAUAGCCGUUUAUUUGCAGUGUGUUUUGAAUGGUGCCACUAACUGACGGAUAGCAAGAUUACGUCAUGAGUUUUUAUUUUGUUAAAUCAUGCAGUGUUCAAAGAAGAGCCAAGCAGAAUAGCAAAGCUCUACUUUUUAAAAAGAAAUAAUAUUAAGCGCCAUAAAUUUUAUUAUGACUUUAUUUUCCCUUAAAUUAUAUUGACUUGUGAUUCCAUUGAGUUUGUAUAUUUCUCCCCCGAUCCCCUUUUUUUGGGCUCUGUGUUGCAGCAUUCAAAUUACAAAGUCUUUUGUUGUUGUUGUUUUUUGUUUUGUUUGGUAAAAGUUUACUGCCAUGCUGGUGCAGCUGUGUAAACUAUCUUGAAGGCUUGGAAUGGUUUAUUGUUGAUGGUGAAAUUUGCCUGAUUUCUUACAGGCAGAGUUUGGAAACUUUUUAUUAUAUAGUUGUUUACAUACUUAUAAGUCUAUCAUUUAAAGACAUGUACUGAAACAAAUGUUGGAUUUGUUUCAAAAGCAUCUUCCUGUAAUCUAUUAUAAAGUUGAAAUUAAAUAUAGAGAAUGUUUUAACAGUUUUUUAACUCAAAAUUUGUCAAUCAUUUUUAAUAGUUCUUUUUUUAUAAAAAGAAAAAGGAAUUUCGGAACAGGCAGUAGUCUCUUUUAAAAUCUAUUCACGAUACCAUUAACUGCACAGUUGCUGUUAGCUGCCUGUUCUCAAGCGAUAGUCUUUCUAUUGAAACACAAAUAAACUUUUCUGUAAUAUUUUAUGGAAUAUAAAGAGACUUUAAUUGUUUGACUUGUUUAACUUGGCACUGUUAGUUUUUAUUAAUAAAACGCGCAUGGGCAUUUUAAACAAGCUCUGUGU